AUGAUGUUCAACAUCCCAGGGCUGCAGUCCAGGAGUGCCCAGGGCCCGCCCGGGGCCGGGCGCUCCUGCGGCCUGCCGAACCUCCUCAGCGGGCGCAGGGGCCAGCAGCUGGAGUGCGGCUCGCCCCUGUCGUCGCCUCGGGGCGUCUGCCGGGACGACUUCCAGGUGGUCCGCGUCCUUGGCCGCGGCGGCUUCGGCGAAGUCAAGCUGGUGCGCCACGUGAAAGAUGGACAGGUCUACGCGAUGAAGACAAUGGACAAGGCCGAGCUCCACGAGCGGAAGCACGUCGGCGACGCGCGGGCGGGCGAGCGGGCCCAGGCAGAGCGGGACAUCUGUGUGGAGGCACGGCAGUGGCGCUGUCCGUUUAUCUUGGAGAUGUUCGCGGCCUUCCAGACAGAGGAGAAGUUGUACUACCUCUUUGAGUACUGCCCCGGCGGGGAACUCCUCGAGCACCUGUGCAGGUGCGAGAGGCAGGCCUUCGACGAGCUGACCGCCCGCUUCUACACGGCGGAGGCGUGCUUGGCCCUCGAGCACCUGCACAGCCACGGCGUUGUCCACCGCGACGUGCGCCUCGAGAACCUGCUGCUGGCGCACGACGGCCACCUGAAGCUCGCGGACUUCGGCCUCGCCAAGCGCCUCCCCGGCGACGCGGCGUCGCGCUCCUCCGUGGCGCGGCCAGAGGGCUACGGGCAGGUCUUCUACCCGCCCGAGUUCCUCCAGGGCUGCGAGUACGGCAAGGACCUGGACUGCUGGCAGCUGGGCACGGCCGCCUUCCUCAUGAUGACCGGCACUCUGCCGCAGCUCGGCGCGGACGACCCGGGGGACGUACCGGGCUGCUCGCCCGCCGCGGUGUCCUUCUGCCGCGAGGCGCUGCGGCCCGAGCGCGCCCGGCGUUUGGGCUUCCCGUCCGGCGCCGCCAUGCUUCGGGACCACGGCUUCUUCCAGGAUCUCUGCUGGGACCGCCUGGCGGCGAAGAGCAUCGACCCGCCUCCCGUGGGCGCCGCCGUGGCGGUGGGCGCGAAGGCCAGCGUCUGGUCGGACGCCUUCGCCCGAGACUCGCUGGCAGGGCGAGGAGUCGUGGACUUCAUGCGCCUGCGCGACUUCACCUGGCGGGCCUCCAAUAUGCUGCGGAGCACCCUGCGCCUGCGCAGCUCGCGGGACAGCGGGCCCCGCCGCGGGUUCAGUACUGGCUCGCGAUCGCUGGCCAGGCAGACCUGCGACACUGUGACGGAGGAAUCGGAAUAG